CCGGCGGCGGAGGGGCGGCAGCGCGGGAGGAUGCUGGUGGCUGGAGGAUGGAGGAGGCGGUGGUGAAGCAGGGUGUGCUCCACCUCCAGCUGCAGCAGACUUUUGGGAAGAAAUGGAAGAAGUUCUGGGGCAUCUUGUACCGGGAAAGCCCUUGCUCCACCGCCCGCCUGGAGCUCUUCGAGGGCUCGGCUCCACCAGCUGCCGAAAAGCUUCGGAAAAGCGAGGGCAGCAAGAAGCUGGUCAAGCUGAGCGACUGUGUCCACGUGGCCGAGGUCGGUGGCGAUGCUGGUUGCCCCAAGGAGACCUUCCCCUUCCUCCUGGAGACCACCGACAAGCGGUUCCUCCUGGCUGCCGAGGGCACGGAGGUGGCCGACUGGAUCCAGAAGCUGUGCGAGCUGGCCUUCCCGAGGAGCAGGGAGGAGCAGGCAGGAGGCAAAGAUGGCCAGCAGAGCUCGCAGGGCACCGACGGCGGGUUCUCCAUGGAGGAAAACUCCCUCUACAGCUCCCGGGAUAAAGCCGGCUCGGAGCAGGCGUUCAAGGUGACGGUGAGGGCCACUGAGUCCUCCGAGCGCUGCCGGCUCUGGGGACGGUGCAUCCUGCGAGCCGGGGAGGAAGCGUUGGAGCUGCUGGAUUUCCAGACCUUGGAGAUCAUCUACAGCUGGCCCUACCGCUUCCUGCGGCGCUUUGGGAGGGAUAAGGUGACCUUCUCCUUUGAGGCCGGCCGGCGCUGUGCAUCCGGAGAAGGCAACUUUGAGUUUGAGACCAGGCAAGGCAACGAGAUCUUCCAGGCCAUUGAGUCGGCCAUCAACGUCCAUCGGGGCCGGGGGGCCGAGGAGCCAUGGCGGGGGGGCCCUGGGGACGAAGCCUCCCGGCCACUCGGCCAUGCCAAGAUGCCCAGUUGGGCGCAGGGGCAUGAGGAGCCUGGUGGCACCAAGCUGGAGCCCACCUGGGAGGGGAAGGGGCCGAAACCCAAGCUGGUCAUGCCCCCCAGCAGCUGCCCCGGGACUGGGGAGCCCUUGGGCACCUUCUUGCCCUCUCGUGGUGCCGAUGGCCCCUACUCUGAGCCCUGCAACUCCCUGCGCCGGGGGAACCCCCCGUUGCCAGAGAAGAACCGGAGGCAGGAUGCUCCGGCCAAGGUGGCCACCGAAUCCGAGUACGCCGUCCCCUUCGACACCAUCGCCAAGACCUUCGUGGCUGGCAAGUUCAGCAGCUUGGUCCAUCACCCCAAGGAGCUCCCCGACCCCUUCUACGACAGCGUCGGGGCGGCGGGGGGGCAAACGGGCCAACAGCCCCCUCCGCGCCCCACCACCGCCAAACCCGACCACAUCUACGACGAGCCCGAGGGUCUGUCCCCCAACACCGUCUACGAUGAGCCCGAGGAGGUGAAGGGGGAGGCGUGGAGGCUGCAGGCGGCCUCGGAGGAGCCCACGGGGCACGAGUACCCCUACAACCCCCAACGGGAUGACUACGCCGUGCCCAAGAGACCCGUCCCCCUCCGGCAACCCUUCCUGCUGCAGGGCAAGGAGUGGCUGGGGGACACCGAGUACGACAACGUGGCCCUCAAGGUUGCAAAGAAGAGGAACUUGCAGUGAGACGGGAUGGGGAAGGAGAGGAGGAGAGGACAUCCCAUGGAUGGCAAUGUUGUCCCCGUCCCAUCCCCCAGCCCACAAACCCCUCCCCGGACAGAGUUGAGAUCCCCCUCCCAGCUCAUCGCACCCAUGGUUGAAGAGGAUGGGGCAUUCUUGUGGAGUGGUGGGGCACAUCUGGCUAGCUGUGGGGCACAUCUGGCCAACGGUGGGGCACAU